CGAGGUCUUUAUAAGUGCGUGAUUGUAGCUAGCGUGCGAUUACGGUCUUUUCCCGCGUUAGGCUCUGGUUUGGAUAGGGGAAUCUAUAUCUCUGACCUCGUCGAUGAGUGAGGAUUUCUCAGUAUUGAUUAUGUACGCGAAAAAAUUUGGGAGGGCUGGUCUGAUCUGUUUUUUUUUUUGAGGUACGGGGUGUGUGCAGGCUCGGGCUACGGCAUGGGCUUGCAGGUCUACAGCUGCAGAUUCAUGGCCAACGACCGAGAUGGGCUUCCUUUGUGGGAGCAGGGUCCGGAGACCUGUUAAAAUGCGUAGAGCGCAUGGUGAGAUGUCGCCGGCGCGGAAUCCUCGCAGGGCAGCCGACGGGAAGGGCGUAUCCCCUCAGGCAACCAAGUUGAGGGUGUGAGCGGCAAGGAGGGAGGAAGAUGUGCGACGUUCACGUGCAACGAUUUCCUUCAUGACUAACGUUUGGCAUACAAGCCAGGACAUGCUUUUAGAACACGGUGUUAUGAGAUAAAGCUUGUUCUGAAGCGGCCUCUGUGUGGGGGUCCCGGCAGAGCAUCAGUGAAAUACCUCGUUUUGAACUGGGACAUAAUGGUACGUACAGUCACCGUCGAACUUAACCGAACGCCCGUUAGACGUCUUUCGUUUUUUUUUCCUGUGUAGGGUGCUGGAGAUUUCAGGUUGGAGUGCCUUGCACCAGUGCUAGCUUAAUACGUCUUUCUUCCAAAACCCACAGCUCCUUACAGAACGUGCUUGUUAAAGCUAAACCGCCAUACUAGAUGUGUCUUCAAAGCUGGGGUUGGCUCUGACGGUGGCUUGUACCACGACAUCGCACGGACGGCGUUUCUCGCGCAGGUUUCUUCAAGGCGUUCCAGAAGCAGCUGCGCGUGCCCUACAUGAGCUGGGUGUUCCUGCUGACCACGGUCCUGCUGUGCCUGAUGUCGACGACGGGCCCGCUUCGACGAAGCAGCGGCCUAGAGGCUGCGGUCGGCGUGCAGGCCAUCCGAGCUUUCCUGCCGGCAUUCGUGGUGCACACGACGCAGGGCAUCAACAACUACAUCUUCCGCCGGUGCCACGUCGAGAUCAUGGUCUUCUCCGUCGGAACAUUCACCAUCACCAUCGUGAUGGCUUCGGUGUACGCGCUCCACAAGGUGUCUGACGGAACGUGGAGCAUCAGGGACUGCGUCUUCUUCGGCCUCUUCAUGUGCUCUGUCGAGCGGGUACCCUUGAGCAGCGUCAUCUUCGAAGAAGGUGCUGGUUAUUUAAAAGCAAACGUAAUCCAUUGA